AUGGCGCAAAAGACGUCCCAAACACCGAGCCGGACGCUCACGAGGGCCGAAGUGGCCAAGAACAACACGGAGGACAGCCUGUGGUGCAUCAUCGACCACCAGGUGUACGACCUGACGGAUUUCGUGGACGCGCAUCCGGGAGGAAGCGUGGUGCUGCGCCAGAUCGCAGGGCAGGAUGCCACGUCGGCGUUCUACAACCUGCACCGGCAGGAGGUGCUGCAGAAGUACGCGAGUCUCUGCAUCGGCACGAUCGAGGGCGAGAAGGCCGAAGUGAUAUCGCACCAGGCGGGCGACCUGAGCCGAGUGCCGUACGCGGAGCCGUUAUGGCUGACGCCGAUAUUCAAGAGCCCCUACUACAGCGAGUCGCACCGCAAGCUGCAGCGGGCGGUGCGCGAGUUCGUCGACCGCGACAUCUACCCGGAGGCGCAGCAGAAGGAGGAGGACGGCACGUACAUCUCGCAAGAGCUGGUGGACAAGAUGGCGGCGAACAACCUGCUGGCGACGCGGCUGGGGCCCGGCAAACACCUGGCGGGGCGGACGCUGCUGGGCGGCAUCCCGGGCGAAGAGUUCGACUACUUCCACGACCUGAUCGUGGCGCAGGAGCUGUCGCGGGCGGUGUCGCGCGGGUUCCAGGACGGCAACGCGUCGGGCAUGAUGAUCUCGCUGACGGCGGUGCGGCAGUGGGCCAACGACGCGGCGCUGCGCGACCGCGUGACGGACGAGUGUCUUUCGGGCCGCAAGUUCAUGUGCCUGGCCAUCACCGAGGCGUUUGCCGGGUCCGACGUGGCGGGGAUCCGCACGACGGCAACCAAGACGGCCGACGGCAAGCACUACGUGAUCAACGGCACCAAGAAAUGGAUCACCAACGGCAUGUUCGCCGACUACUUUGUGACGGGGUGCCGGACCGGCAACGGCUUCAGCGUCAUCUUGGUGCCGCGCGACGACAACGUGACGACGCGCAAGAUCAAGACGUCGUACUCGACCGCUGCGGCUACGGCCUACAUAGAAUUCGACAACGUCCACGUGCCCGUCAACCACCUGCUGGGCAAGGAGGACCAGGGCUUCAUUGUCAUUAUGAGCAACUUCAACCACGAGCGCUGGGCCAUGACGUGCGGCGUGGCCCGCUGGAUGCGCACCAUUGUCGAGGAGUGUCUCAAGUGGUCGCACCAGCGCAUCGUCUUCGGCAAGCCGCUGAUCCAGCAGCCCGUCAUCCGCCAGAAACUCGCCGCCAUGAUCUCGCGCACCGAGGCCGUCCAGGCCUGGCUGGAGUCCGUCACCUACCAGAUGUGCAACCUCGACUACGCCCAGCAGUCCAAGCUGCUCGGCGGGCCCAUCGGCCUGCUGAAGUCCUAUGCCACCCGCUGCGCCCACGAGGUCGCAGACGAUGCCGUCAACAUCUUCGGCGGCCGCGGCCUGACCCAGUCCGGCAUGGGUAAGGUCGUCGAGCAGUUCCAUCGCACCUACAAGUUCGACGCCAUCCUGGGCGGCGCCGAAGAGGUCUUGGCCGACCUCGGCGUGCGCCAGGCCAUGAAACAGAUGCCCAAGGCCAUGUUGUGA